GUUUUCGCAUGCGAAGGAGAAAGGAGGAGAAAUAAGUCUAAUAAAUUAACAACUAGGUUUAACAUAGAUAAAGUAAGUAAAUCGAUCGAGAUUAUUAUUUUAAAAAUCGUGAAAAAAUGCUUAAAAAAUUAAACACUUAUAAAAUAUUUAUGUAUUAAAUAUUUGACGACACAACGGACAUGUUCAGAGGACGUAGCGUUUCCGUCUUCAAACUUUUCAUAUUAUAUGUUUAUGCGAUCUAUACAGCUUACGAAAUGCUUCAUAGAAACUGGAAGCUAUUGCUUUUAUCACGUUUUUUUCUCGUUUCUUGCAUGAAAGACAACAUCAUGGCCCGAGAUUACUUUAUGCAUAAAGGCAUAUAUAGUGUUGUAGGAUUUUCCUGCGAGAAUCUCGAAAACAACGUGAAAUUUGCGAAGACAUUCAACGAUGUCUUUAUAAUCGCAUCGAUGUGGAAUUUCGAAUCUGUGGCUGGAUCAUUGACUCUCAGGAAACUUUUACAGAACAAUUAUCGUAAUUUAGGUAUCUACGUAGACGCGCGAUGCAACGUUCACAAUUACACCGUGUUGUAUUCCGAGGCUACGAAAUAUCUUAUGUAUGACGAGACGCAUAAAUGGCUGAUUUUGGGAAAAAAGUUGAACGACACUGUCAGUCUUUUAAAUGAUAACGCCUUCAGUGUAAUGACCGAUGUUACGAUCGCUAUACCCUCUCUCACCGGUUUUGAUUUGUAUGAUGUGUAUAAUCCUUGCAAAGCACGCGGUGGCUCUUUGAACGUAACUGCUUUGGGUUACUGGACCGAGAAAUCUGGCGUGGCUAUUAGACUGAAACAAUCGAAGUAUGAGAGACGGUCUAAUUUGCAUGGUAUGAGGCUCAAAGUGGGAAUUUUACUGCCGCAAACAUUCUAUAAUUUAUCGAGGGAGAAUAUUAUGUUAAACCCAGAUAUGAAGGCGAAAUACGGUCGAUCCCAAUUUCUUUAUACAAUCUUGUUACACAUGGCUGAUCUCUUCAACUUCACAAUGGAAAUGGUGGAAGUAAAUCCAAAGAAACAGCAGGAUAAUUCUGCGCCCAUGUUCGUUGCUUUUCAGAGAAAAAUGAUCGACAUCUCGGCCAGUCCGAUUGUGAUGAAAACGGAAAGAUUACGGAAGGGAGAUAUUAUCGGUCCAGUUUGGCCAAUGCGGUCGUGUUUUUUAUUUCGCACCAUAUCCUCGGCGAAUAUGAAGACGGAGCAGUUUUUGCGACCGUUAAAUAUUAAGGUAUGGUAUAUAAUAUUCUGUACGAUGAUAAUCGCCAUGUCGGUUCUGGUAAUAUUAAUCAGACAGGAAGGCAUUCACAGUAUAACGGAGGGUUACGGAAUUUCUGUUCUUCUUACUAUAGGCGCUCUUUCCCAACAAGGCUCCGUAUUUGUUCCGGUACGUUAUGCGAGUCGCAUAGCGUUCAUACACAUUAUGCUCUUCAGCGUAUUGAUCUUUAAUUAUUAUUCGGCGAGCAUCGUGUCGGACAGAUUGAAGAACACAGCCCCAAAAAUGAAUGAUUCAUUAAUCAGUUUGGCAAAUAGUAAUAUGAAAAUGGCGGCCGAGUCUACUCCGUACAUUCGUUCUUUUCUACAGUCACCGGAAAAAGAGAUACGAUAUUUUAAUGCGAAACGAUGGGAUAGAAUACCGGAAUCCAAGCGAUAUUUGCCGCUAGCGGAAGGUCUGAAUCGCGUGGCUGAGGGAAGUCUGGCCUAUCACACGUCAAUCGAUUCAGCAUAUCCGUAUAUCGAACGGCAUUUCUAUCCGCGAAUGAUAUGUGAAUUAACAGAGGUUCAUCUUUUUCGCGCGGUCCUCGCUUUUUGGGGCAGACAUAGAAGCCCUUUUACUCCUCUGUUGAGAAUCGGCUUGACCAAAAUAUAUGAUAUGGGCAUACGCAAGCGACAGUUGAAACUCUGGUUAGCAAGGAAGCCGUUCUGUCCAAAGAAUAUCCUGAUUGCCGAACCACUAUCGAUUCAUGAAGCUACGCCCAUUUUCGUAUUCCUUGGCAUUUUCAUUGCACUCUCUUUCGUGAUCUGCAUAAUGGAGAACUUGAUCCAUUGGAUGCAUUCUAAGGGAUUAUUAAUUUCUAUGCUACAAUCCGUACAAAAGAGUCUGCCUUUCUCAGGAUUAAUGAAGCAUAUAUCUAUUAAUUGGAACAAAAUAUUCUCGCGUGAAUGAAUUAAUAAUCUACUAUUUGUGUUAUACAUAUCAUCUAUUUUGAGAUGCUUAUUAGAUUUUAUCACUAAUAGUUUGUGUGUCUAGUCGUUGGACAUGCACGUAAAUAAUUAAUCAAUGUCAU